CCCAUCUGGGUCUGCCUCCUCAGGUGUGCACUCACCAUGGCUCGCUGGGAGAUCCUGUGCUUUGCCUUGUGCUCCUGCCUCGGGGUAGCAUGGGCUACAACUCUGGGUGUGGUGUACACGGAGGGCGGUUUUGUGGAAGGCGAGAAUAAAAAACUGGGACUCUUUGGGGACUACAUCGACAUCUUCAGAGGGAUCCCUUUUGCUGCUCCUCCAAAGACGCUGGAAGACCCCCAACCUCAUCCUGGCUGGGAUGGAACAUUGGAAGCAAAGAAAUACAAAAAUCGCUGCAUGCAGAUGACACUUACACAAACUGAUGUCCGUGGGAGUGAGGACUGUCUCUAUCUGAACAUCUGGAUCCCUCAAAAGAAGAGACACGUCUCUACCAACCUGCCAGUGAUGGUCUGGAUCUACGGCGGCGCCUUCCUUUUAGGAGGGAGCCAGGGAGCCAACUUCCUCAAUAACUACCUCUACGAUGGCGAGGAGAUCGCUGUGCGGGGCAAUGUGAUCGUGGUGACCAUCAACUAUCGCCUGGGGCCCCUGGGCUUCCUGAGCACCGGAGACGCAAACUUGCCAGGGAACUAUGGGCUGAAGGACCAGCACAUGGCUAUUGCCUGGGUGAAGAGGAAUAUCAAGGCCUUUGGGGGUGACCCAGAAAACAUCACCAUCUUUGGGGAAUCAGCCGGUGCCGUCAGUGUCUCCCUGCAGACGUUGACCCCAAAGAACAAGGGCCUGUUCAAGAGAGCCAUCAGCCAGAGCGGCGUUGGUCUCUGCAGCUGGGCCAUCCAGAAGGACCCUCUCUCCUGGGCUAAAAAGCUUGGACAAACUGUGGGCUGCCCCACAGACAACACCACUGUCUUGGCCAACUGCCUGCGCAUCUCCGACCCCAAAGCCGUGACACUGGCCUACCACCUGGAGCUGAUCAACCUGCCCUCUCCCCUGGUUCACACACUCGCCCUCACUCCUGUCAUCGAUGGAGACUUCCUCCCAGACAUGCCAGAGAAACUCUUUGCCAAUGCUGCUGACAUUGACUACAUUGCUGGGAUCAAUAACAUGGAUGGGCACAUCUUUGCUGGCAUUGAUUUACCUGCUAUCAACCGCCCACUUGUGAAAAUCACUGCGGAUGAGGUCUACGAUUUGUUGAAAGGACUUACUGUGGACAGGGGUGAGCGUGGAGCCAAUGCAACAUACAAUAUCUACACGCAAGUGUGGGGUGACAAACCGGACCAGGAGACCAUGAAGAAGACAGUGGUGGACGUGAUUACUGACUACAUCUUCCUGGUUCCCACACAGUGGGCACUGAAUCUGCACCGGCAGAAUGCCCGGAAUGCCAAGACAUACAGCUACUUGUUCUCCCAGCCAUCCCGAAUGCCCAUCUACCCAAGCUGGGUAGGGGCAGACCAUGCUGAUGACCUGCAGUAUGUGUUUGGGAAGCCCUUCAGCAGCCCCCUGGGCUACCUGCCCAAGCACAGGACUGUCUCAAGUGCCAUGAUUGCUUACUGGACCAACUUUGCCAGCACAGGUGAUCCCAACAAAGGGAAUUCAGAGGUGCCAGUUAACUGGCCACCCUACAGCACUGAGAACACUUACUACUUGGAAAUCUACAACAAGAUGAACCAGAACUCUGUGAAGCAGAACCUGAGAUCCCGGUAUGUGGACUUCUGGAACUCGGUUUAUCAGAAUCUGCCACAGGUUGCCAACAUCUCCCUGGCUGAGGAACUGCUGUGGAACUGAGAAAACACACCUUUUAAAGAUAGGCUGAAUUCAAUAAAGGCUUGCUUGUAACUGAGCAA